AAGAGUAAUUAGAGAGAGAGAGAGAGAGAGAGAGAAUGCCGAGGCAGGUGAAAAAGAAAAGCGAUCCAAUUGCGGAUGGUAUCGAGAAAGGGCUCGACGCAGCACACGGUGUGGUCGACCAUCUGUUGUGGCCUUUGAAACCCAUCGACAGCGUCAUUCACGGCACUGCUCGAGGCGUAAAGAACUGGCUCUGCGACGAACAUCCCACGGACAACGCCGCCAAGCCAAAAACGAACACAAAGAAGAAACCUGCAGUCGUUAGCAGCAGCAGCGACGAUGAGGACGACGACAGUGGUGACGAGGAUGACAGUGACGGUUCCGAGUCGGCCCCGCCUUGCAAGGGCAAGGGCGGCCACCACAACGUCGGCAAAUUCGGCGGUGUUAAGAACAACCACGCCAACGGUGCUGGCAAUAAUAACAACGUCAACGGCAAACUCGAUGCUAAGAUGGGCAACCAGAAGCUCCUCCCUAGGAAAAAAUAAACCUACCUACGUACGCACGUAUAUAUACUAUAUAUAAUAAUCAAAUAAUGCAAUAAACCCAUAUCUAUUCUCAUAAAAUUACUACAAAGUAAAGUGACUGGUUCAUAUUCAAAAGUGUCGUCAGAUGAACCGUACGCAAGACGACUACGACUCUUAGACGUCACUUUAUUAUGAAAGUAGUACUGUAGUUUUUAUGAGAACAAAUACGGGGUCUGUAGCGUUAGCUCUGUAAUGUGUAAUGUGCAAUGUGUGCUGUGUGAAAAUAAGGCCGAGGGCUUAGCUUCUUUACGAGGCCUGUAUAUGCAUGAAUUAUAAGUUCUGGUGUAUGCAUGAACGCUACCUUGUUUAUUGUGUGAAAUCUAUAUAAAUUGUGUGUCUUAUACCUA